CCCCUUGGAACAUACGACAUGGCCGACAAUCACAGAAGGGCGUACCCGCCGCCGCGAGAGGGCCCAGAGAGCUCGCAUUAUCCACCGCCCCCAGAGGAAGACGAAGAUAGGAGGAGGCUCCCGCCAGUUGGGGGGAGCGGCGUGAGCUUGCCGUCAAUCUCUUCUUAUCCACCACCACCAGCUUCGUACCCGCCGUCUGACCCACGCUAUCAGGAUCGAGGGUAUUCUGCAGACCCGCGAUAUCAAGAUUCAAGGAGUUGGCCCGCAGACCCUCAAACACCUAGUGGAUAUCCUCCGCCACCUCCGGACUCACGAUACCCGCCCUUGCCGUCGGUGAACGCGCCGCCACGGCGUUAUGAUGAUCGGCCGCCAUACGACGACAGGAGGCCGUAUGACGAUCACAGACCAUACAAUGACCCUUACUACGGGCCGCCUCCACACGCGUCCAGGCCCCCCAGUUACCCACCCCCUGGAUCUGAUCCAUACUACAGGUACCCGCCGGGAACUCCGUAUCCCUAUGGCGCUCCUCAACAGGCACCGCCUCAGCAGCAAGCUGCACCAAGGCAAAGGACAUCGAUUGCGUGCCGCUAUUGUCGAAAGAGAAAGAUUCGUUGCAGUGGUUACCAGAACACGCAAAAUGGAAAGUGCACCAAUUGCGACAAGCUUCGAAUCGACUGCGUAUUCCAGCCGGUAUCUUCUAAUUCCUCAGCCGCCUUCGUUCCAGUUCAGGCGCUCCCCGGAGGAGUGCCUCCCGGAACACCCCUCUUUGGAGCGUGGGGACAGCCUCUCGGUUCAACGGGCUCACAGGGACCACCUCCGCAACGGCCUUACCCGCAACACCCCCCGUCUGACUACCCGCCACCUUUGAAUUCGCCCACAGCUGCGUAUCCUCCAUACGACGACCGGGAAGGCAGUCGCCGACGAACCCGCCCACCCGAAGACGAUCCGAGUUUGCGACCUGGCCCUCCCAACUACCCGCCUGACGACGAUCCGCGACGACGCUCUCCCGCUUCAAACCACAGCAACGGCACUCCCCCGACGGGCUAUCACCAGUAUCAACACGGCGUCUACGACCAGGACAGGACCCCAACUCCUCAAAAGCCGAGUCCCAGCGGUCCCAGUGCUCCUCCGAUGCACCCUCAGCAGCCGCCGCCUCUGGUGGCUCACUCACCUUCACAGCCGCCUUCUGGUGCCUCCGCCAACCCAAUGAGUCUCGGACACCUGAUCAGCACGGAUGAGCGUGAACGAGGCGGUCCUAACGCCGGGAUCGAUCGCGACAUGCUCGGGAGACUGGGUCGGAGAUCCUAA